GGCGAUUGUAGUAAGUCAUGAAGAUCGAGCCUCGUCGCUGACUUCAGGGUUGACGAAACCUUGAGGACUUCACGCCUUGUAUCUCCAGUAGAUUAAAAACACCGGUAUCUCCGCCAUGCUGGACAUCCAAGCCAACAUGCGGCACAGUUCGGAUCAGGAUGGAGAGGUUACUCUGGAAAAGGGUCCCUCCCAGACCGUAUAUCCGCAAGAGCCGUACAACGCUCCGGACGACACUUACCCGGAAGGCGGCCUUCGGGCCUGGCUUGUGGUCUUGGGCUCGUGGUGUGCGAUGGUGCCGUCAAUGGGACUCCUGAACACCAUCUCCGUCCUCCACGCGUGGACAUCCAGCCAUCAACUGUCGGAAUACUCCGAGUCCAGCGUGGGCUGGAUCUUCGGCGUGUUCAGCUUCUUCCUCUACUUCGCGGGUGCACAAGUGGGCCCCAUCUUCGAUAGUCAUGGACCACUACCAGUCGUAAUUCCCGGGUCCAUCGGACUGAUAGUCGCAGUCUUCUGCUUCAGCGAGAGCACAGAGUAUUAUCAAAUCAUGCUCUCCUUCAGCGUGCUCGGCGGAAUGUCAUCUUGCUUCCUCUUCACGCCCGCGAUUUCCGCGAUCGGCCACUGGUUUAACGUGCGCCGGGGUCUCGCGACAGGUAUCGCUUGUACAGCCGGCGGACUAGGCGGAGUCUUCUUCCCACUGAUCAUCCUGUACGUAGCGCCGCAAUUGGGGUUCGCCUGGGCGCUGCGCAUCAUCGGAAUCAUCUGCGCGGUGCUCUGCGGCCUGGCAUGCUUGCUCCUCAAGACCCGCCUCAAGCCAGACCCAGCCACGCGCGGCCGCACGACCAUCGACCUCCACGCGCUGCGCGAGCCCAACUACGCGCUGACAACGCUAGCAGUGUGGCUGGUCGAGUUCGCCGUGUUCGUGCCGUACACGUACCUGUGCAGCUAUGGGCUGUGGGCGGGACUCGGCGAAUCGAUGGCGUACAAGCUGUGCGUAUUCCUUAACGUGGGGGCGAUCCCCGGGCGGGCGGUGCCGGGGUUACUGGCCGAUCGGAUAGGGCGCUUCAACGUCAUGGCGCUGACGGCACUGGUGUGCGCGGUGCUGACGCUGGCGCUGUGGUUCAAGGCCGGCACCAGCGAGCCGGCCAUCAUCGCGUACUCGGUGCUCUUUGGCUUCUGGAGCGGCGCCGCCAUCAGCCUGACCCCCGUGUGCAUCGCGCAGGUCUGCCGUACUGAGGACAUCGGCAAGCGCAACGGCACCACGUUUACACUCGUCAGCUUCGGCACGCUCACUGCCAUCCCUAUCGCGGGUGCCAUCCAGGAGAGUAAUGGCGGGGACUUCUGGGGGUUGAUUGUUUUUGGUGGCGUGCUGUAUCUGGCUGCGUGUGCGGCGUUUGUGGUUGCCAGGGGGGUGGCGGGCGGAUGGGGAUGGAGGGCGAAGUUCUAG